AUGGCCGCCGUCGUCGCUCAAAUUGCCCGGCCUUCUAUCCGCCACUUCUCCGCACACCGUCCUCGCCCUGACAGCCGCGCAGCACGCGCAGUCGCCAUGUCCUGCCUAGUCACUGGUGUUGUCCUUCCUUUCGUCCCGCCUGCUCUCGAAAGCUCGCGCCAAAGAAAAGCCGGCUUCCCUAACAGCAAUAAGCCCCCUCCUCUCUGCUUCCACGCGCGCUAA